AUGACUGUCUCACUCAAAAAACAACAAAAAAUUAUCUCUGGUUUAUCUGAAACCGUAAAACAUCUUGGUUAUGACAUUCGUGAAGUUCGAGAUGGGGUCGCGAGAAGUAGUAAUGCGGGAUCUGGUACAUCCAAAACGCCUCAAAAUUAUACUGGCACCAUUUUCGAACUGUGGGAAGAAAUUGAUACAUUAUUCAACGAGAAAAAGCGUGUCGAAAAGCGGUCCAUGGCAAGGCUAUACCCCAAGGUAGCUGAAGAAAUCCGAACCCUUGUUAUCAAUCAUAAGAGGGGGAUAGCAAUCAGUGAUGCCACCAUUAGGAAUUUUCAUAAAAAAACGACUAAAAAUCCGAAAGAAGAGACAUUGGACGCAUUAAAGUUAUGGAAAUAA